UUAUAUAUAUCUUUUAUAUAUAUAUAUAUAUAUAUGUAUACAAAAGAUAUAUAAAAAAAGGGUUGGAAAGACAUUUGCGUAAGAAACGGGGGCGGGUGAUGAACGAAAUGAAAAAGAGAUAGCUGUGUAUAGCAACGUAACGAGUUUUUCCGGUAGAGAAACGAAAGAAAAUACAGGAGCGAAAAAAAGAAGGAGGAAGAGGAGCAGGAGACAUUGUAGAGUCCUCUUCCUCUUUCGUGCGAUGUAAAGAGAGUCGGGAGCAGCGAGAGAACCAAGGUUGAGAUAAUUAAAUAUUGUACGUAUGCGAGCGUGGAAAUAUGGUACACGAGAGUAAAGACCCUUUACGUUUUCUCACUCAUUACGUGAAACGGUACGUUAGUAAUGGAUAUAUUAUGAUUACGAUGAUUGCUAUAUUCGUUGUUAUUGUUCCUCGGUUGUAUGCGGAGACGUUUAAGAGUGAUCCAUUUGUACAAUCAUUGAGUCAUUAAAAUAUGAUUAUUCAUUAUGGAAGCUAUUCGCAUUUUUUUCUCCCCUCGCUCAUUCCCGAUGUUUUUAUAUUCCCGACGAAUGAAAAAAAUAAAAUCGCCCAAUAUUCUUAAGGUUCUUAAAAUUGCAUGUAAAAAGAUCAGAUCAUGAUCUGUGGUAUGAUACAGAAAUGGAUAAAUCACAUACCGAGAUAUGCAGAGAUCUAAAGGCGCAGCGAAGAAACGGAGUCAGCCAGUCGAAGAUGAAUGUCCGCUACGAGAUGAUCGAAGAAACUGAAGCCCGGGAUGUCCGUCUCGAAACGAUAAAUGCGGAAGAAAAAUGAAAAGUCUGAAACAAAAACACGCCUGGAUACUUUACUAAAAGUGACUCUCAAAAUUGAAAAUGAUAAGAAGAAUCAACGUUAAACAUACAAAAAGCAAAAAAACAAAUUAUCGGUCAUUUCUCUCAGCCGGAUUUAAACGCUCGCAUUUUGUUUUCCGAAAUCCUGAUGAAAUAAAUACUAUUUGAACACGUGCAGCAUGAAUACACAUAUAGUUUUAUCGCGUCAAUUCAUAUCGAUAACCCGCAGGUGUUCGAUAAUCCAUCGAUUUACUUGGUGAGUGAUUAACGAGAGUUGAAAAAUUGGAACGGUAAAUUGAUACACUUGAGUUCGUCUACGACCGAUAAGUGUCCCAUACAUGCACGUGCGCACAUUUAUUAUUCAUUAAAUUCACCUGGCUUCAACGAAGCGCAGCGUUUAUUUUUUUAUUUUCAGCAGAAAAAUUCCUCAUGCAAUAAAAUUUCUCACACAGGAUAUGCAAUUUCUUAGUCGCGCAUAUGUAUGUACAUUAUUUCCUCGAUUAAAAUAUGAAAUACGAAUAAAGAGCGCAAUAUUCGUUAUCGCUGUCAUCCUCUCUCCGUCGUUGAACUUUCUGUCUACCUUGUCUAAUCUGAUCCUUAAUAACUAAUCAAUAUCGACUAUCUUCAGUAUCAAGCGAUUAUCGAAUAACAAUCUGUCGACGAUAACAGGACACAUUGGGAUGCUCACCUGCGCGAUACGACACUGAAUGUCGUACGCACCAAGUAGUACUGAUAAAUUCGUCUGGAUAUCGAGAUAUACUGCCCGUCAUUCGUGACGAUUAAAUCGAGCUUAAUUUAGGAAGUGAACAGAAACGAGACGUUUCAGCAGUCGUUCGUCCGACGCGAGCGAAGAGCCGUUCUUCUCCACGAGCAUCGCGACGCCGAGGUGUCUCAAACAUCUUCGAGAUUCGUGUCCGAAAAUCCGACGAGUCGAUCGCACGAAACCAACCCGUAAAGUGAAACUUAACGGGGUGCACUCGCGAAGCGAAGUGAAUCAGAUCGCGGUGCAAUAGUGAAGAGAUUACCGCGCUCGGCCGAAGAGAAAUAUACCAUCAUAUGGAUAUAUAAUAACACACAAUAAAAUAUUUAUCGCGUUGGAAGGUGCGCGUAUAAUGCCGUCCGGUCCGAAAUUCCAACCUGAACUGAGCGAAAUCGCAGGCUUAACGGUAUUCGGUGAUUAACGGUAUCAAGAUCGGUUCACGGAACUGCAGCACAUUCAGCCAUUUGUAAGCUGAAGGAGAUUAUCAUCGGGAGAUAUCAUCGUGCGAUUUAAAGACCACGACAAAACUUCAUCGGUCUUGGAGUUCUCAAUUGACAAGAGCGGUUCCCGCAGCCAUGGGGUGUCCGCGAGUGCUCGGUCUCCUGUUCGCGCUGUGUUACGUUGUGAUCCUGGCGGAAGGACGCGAUACACUCACUUGCUCGUGGUACGGUGAGUGUGGAGAGUCGAGUAAAGGUUUACCGCGCACCUGCGUGUCGAACAUCACCGCCCAGCUGAUCAACAACGCGACCGCCAAGGACGUCCUGCUGAAAAGAUGUCCUCAUUUCUUCGAAAGCACCAAGGAGCCGAAGACGUGCUGCGACGCCGGCCAGAUCCUGACGAUGAGCGGGAGCAUGAAAAUGGCCGAGGCGAUUUUCGGCAGGUGUGCGACCUGCGUGAGGAACAUGUUCCGGCUGAUCUGCGAUCUGACCUGCAGCCCUGAGCACAGUCGGUUCCUCAGGGUGACCAAGACCGCCAAAGACGACGAGUUCAAGUACGUCGACGAAGUCGAGGUUCACGUGAAGGAAGCAUUCAUAAACGCAACGUACGACUCGUGCAAAUACGUGGUGAACCCUGCCAGCGGUAAUCUCGCGAUGGACUUGGCCUGCGGCGAUAAAGGCGCCAGUAGAUGCACCCCAAAAUUGUGGUAUAAGUACAUGGGUGAUUACGAGAACAAUGUCUUCACGCCCUUUCAAAUGAAUUACAUCUACGACGUGGCCGAGGAAUGGGGCGACGAGCCGUGGGAAGCGGAAACCAAGAAGUGCAACGAGUCCUACGACAAAUCAUCCAUCGCCUGCAGCUGCGUCGACUGCCCCAGCGCGUGUCCCGUGACGAAGUUAAAAAUCGACAAACCCCAUUCCUUUUUGAUCGGCAGCUUCAACGGCUUCAGCAUCGUGGUAUCAAUACUGGUCCUCGUGGUGACGAUCAUCGCUUCCGUCAGCUUCUACUUCAUGACGAAAUAUAACAGGAAAGGUCUUAUGAGGCAAACGAUACAAACGGGCGGCAGAGGUUGCGGUCAAAGGUGCCAGAAGAUCUUUCAGAAGUUCUUCUUUGUGUGGGGAAGAGUGUUUGCCACGUAUCCCAUUAUCGCCCUGUUCACGAUCUCAUAUGUCAUCGUCGGUCUGUCCUACGGCAUCGGGUAUCUCGCGGUGACGGUAAAUCCAAUCGAAAUCUGGGCGGCACCGGACAGCAGGGCGCGGAUGGAAAAAGAUUAUUACGACACUCGAUUCCAGCCGUUUUACCGAACCGAGCAGAUUUACAUCAAGCCCGUCGGCCUCGAUAAGAUAAAGCACCACACUACGACCGGAGUCUUGGAGUUCGGUCCGGUGUUCAACAAGGACUUCCUGCUGGCCGUGUUCGAGCUGCAGAAGAAGGUUCUCCAAUUGGGCCAGGAGACCGACGAAGGCCUGGAAAAGAUCUGUUACGCUCCCGUACAGAGCGAUUUCACCGGACCGGUCACCCUCGACCUGUGCACGGUGCAGAGCGUUUGGGGAUACUUUCAGAACGACAUCGACCUGUUCAACAAUACCAUCAUCUCCGGGGAAUACGUGGUGAAUUACUUGGACCACUUGUACAGUUGCAUGCAAAACGCACUCAACCCGCGCUGCUUAGCGCCUUACAAGGGCCCGAUAAUACCCGCCAUAACGAUAGGAGGUUUCUUAAAGGAGGGCGAAUUCCAAUACGACUCGGAUGAUUACAUCAAGGCGACGGGAUUGACUUUGACCUUCCUGGUGAAAAACUCGCUCAAGCAAGAGAAGCUCGCGCCCGUCCUGAAAUGGGAGCAACGCUUCCUCGACUUCAUGGCGAAGUGGGUGAACGAUGGCCGACCCGAGUUCAUGGAUGUCGCUUACUCGACGGAGAGAUCAAUACAGGACGAGCUAGACAGAACUUCGAAGGCGGAAGUAUGGACGAUGGUCAUCAGUUACCUCCUCAUGUUCGUGUACAUCUCCAUCGCCCUCGGCAAAGUCCGACUCUCACUCGUUGGCUGUUUCAGCGAGAGCAGAAUCGUGCUGAGCGUCGGCGGGAUCGUCAUAGUCAUAGCGUCGGUCGCGUGUUCGCUCGGCGUUUUCGGUUACAUCGGCGUGCCGACCACUCUGCUCACGAUAGAGGUGAUUCCUUUCCUGGUAUUGGCUGUCGGAGUCGACAACAUAUUCAUCUUGGUGCAAAAUUACCAGAGGAACCCUCGACAUAACGAUGAAACGAUAGCGGAGCACCUCGGCAGGGUCCUGGCUGCAGUUGGACCCUCGAUGCUACUUACCAGCAUGUCCGAAUUUUUCUGCUUCCUCAUCGGAGCGUUCUCCUCGAUGCCGGCCGUCAACACCUUCGCCAUGUAUGCUUCGUUGUCGAUUCUAAUUAACUUCCUUCUCCAGAUAACCGCUUUCAUUGCCUUAUUAUCCCUCGACUCUGCGAGAUAUGAGGAGAAUCGUCUGGACGUGCUUUGCUGCGUUCGAACCGAGAAGAGCUUGAAGGUCGAAGAUCGUCCAGGCCUGAUCCACGUGCUUUUCGAACGUUACUACACGCCAUUCUUGAUGAAAACGCCGACCAGGGUGGUCGUUACGGUGAUUUUCGUCGCCGUUUUGGUCACUCACGUCGCGGUCAUCCCGGAGAUCGAAAUUGGACUGAAUCAAAAGCUCUCGAUGCCGGAGGAUUCUUACGUGCUGAAGUACUUCCAGUAUAUGGAAGACCUUUUGUCGAUGGGUCCGCCGGUGUAUUUUGUGCUGACGGAGGGCUUGAACUACAGCAAGAGAGAAGUGCAAAACGUCAUAUGCGGCGGUCAAGGAUGCAGGUCGGAUUCUUUGUAUACGCAAAUCUACUCGGCGGCCAGUCAGUCCUCCAUCUCAUAUUUAUCUAAAGCGGCUUCAUCUUGGAUAGACGAUUACCUCGACUGGUCGACCAUCGACGAAUGCUGCAAGUACUUCCCCUCCAACGGGUCGUUCUGUCCUCACGACAAUGACUGGUGUACCAACUGCGAGAUUCCAACGAUUAAAUCUCGGCCGACCGAGUGGGGCUUCAGGAAGUACAUACCUUAUUUCCUGAGCGAUAUUCCCGACGGAGAGUGCGCUAAAGGUGGCAGGGCAGCUUACUUCGACGCGCUGAAUUAUUACUAUGACGAGUUUGGCUUGACAGACGUGGGCGAUUCGUAUUUCAUGGGUUACCACACUCCGCUGAAAAAGUCAUCCGAUUGGUACGAAUCGUUACGGAGCGCCAGGAUAAUCUCAGACAAGAUCACAAACAUGAUCAACGACGCCAAACUGUCGAACCGGAAGGUCAAAUUGUUCCCGUACAGCGUGUUCUAUGUGUUCUACGAGCAAUAUCUCACCAUCUGGUACGAGACCUUGGUGUCGAUAAGCCUGACCCUCGCCGUGAUCUUCGUGGUGACACUGAUUCUCACGGGCUUCUCGCUCUUCUCCGCCUUCGUGGUCGUGUUGACUGUGCUGAUGAUAGUGGUGAAUCUGGGAGGUCUGAUGUAUUGGUGGAACAUCAGUUUGAACGCAGUUUCCCUCGUAAAUUUGGUCAUGGCGGCUGGUAUCUCUGUAGAAUUUUGCAGCCACAUAGUACACACUUAUAUCACUUCCACGGCGACGUCGAGCCUCAGCAAAGCGUCGGCGACGCUUUCUAUCAUGGGAACUUCCGUAUUCUCGGGGAUCACCCUGACCAAGUUCGUGGGGAUAGUGGUGCUCGCAUUCGCGAAAUCGCAGAUCUUCAAAGUAUUCUACUUCAGGAUGUAUUUAGGAAUCGUUCUAUUCGGCGCGGCGCAUGGUUUGAUAUUUUUGCCGGUGUUAUUAAGUUUUAUAGGACCUACGUAGGGAUAGAUCCUACAGGAAGAUCCGUAACGAAGAACGCCACGGAUACUUGGAUCUGCAAAUGCCAUACGAAAUGAUUCGUAACGUGUAUUCGCUUGAAGAUCUAUUAGUGCAAUCGAUUGCAGAAAAAUAUGUAAAUAAUUUAUAAUUAAUUUGUAAUGUGCAGGUCAAUUUUAUUUUAGUAGGAACAAAAGAUUUGAAUUAUCUCGUGAGUCUAUUGAGCCCCAACUUAUGCAUUGUUACGUUCACAUAUUCUUUAAAUAUUUUAGUGUAAGUACAGAGAUCUAUGUGAUAGCUUUAACGCAUAAAAUUAAACGACCCUAAAACAGAGCGGAUUUUUCAAGGAAAGUUAUGGAAUGGUAUAACUUUAUGCGUUAAGACUGUUAUGUUGAUCUGUAUACAACAUUAGACUAAACAUACGAUUCUCUCUGUACUGUGUAACAAUCAAACGGUAUCAUACUGUGUGGACGUAAUUGGCGCGAAUCGAUGUGUCAUCGAACGCAUCAUCUUCAUACAUGUAUCAUAAUACAUAUCCUUUACACAGAAAUUUAAUAAUUUCUGAUAUCAUUUUCAUCUUUUUUUGUUUAUAAGAUUUGUUAGACGUUAUAUAGGGUCAGUAUAUCUCUCAUAUCUGAUUAUACUUCAUUUAUUAUAUUAUAUAACUAAAUAUUGAUAACAUUAACAUAAAUCAAUCACUUCAAAUGACAGUUAGGAUUUUAUGUUAUCAUAAUUAUUUGCAGUU